AGCAGAUAUUCAGAACGAUAGCUAGCCUACCAACCUAAUGAAAUGGACACCUUUAAGCUCUGGUUUACAUUGCUCUGUGUUCCUAAUGUCUGGAUUUUAACUAUGGCUGAUGACUGUGACUGGGCGAUCCAAUACGAAAAUGGUGGGAUUUGUUGUCAAGCCUGCCCUUCAGGGGAGUAUCCCACAAAACAUUGUUCAGAGAACAAUGGUAAGAGUGUGUGUGGGAAAUGUCCGGCAGCUUCGGACGAUUCAAGAUGCUUCUGUACUGACAAGCCUUUAUGCAAUGACAAUACAUGCACUGAGUGUUUGCCCAGACCAACAUGUACACCUGGCUUACGACUGAUAAGAAAUGGUGACUUUGAUUACAAUUACAUAUGUAUGUCGUGUGCUAACGGUACAUACAAGGAUGAUGAGGAUGGACUGUGUAAAUCCUUUGCAAAGUGCGAUGGCUUUAGAAUGAUCUUCGCUGGAAACAGAACCCACAAUGCAAGAUGUGCUGGUUAUGACACAAAUGCAAAAGAAGCAAGUAAAGCACCCCAUAUUGACAAUUAUUACUACAUUAUGAUGGCCUGUUUGACAAUCACUGUCUUUAUCUGCCUUCUGCUCGUCAUGUACAUUGCUUCUCGACGUUUCAAACGCAGAAAUCAAAAAAAAUUAUUUCAACCAUUCACAUACAAGGUGGCUUUGCCCUCAGAUGCAUGUAAUUGCAAACUCUCAAAGGAGGAAAAGGGUGAUGAUGAAAGUGACUCCAAGACAACUUUGGAACUUUCUUUAAAGUGUGAAUCCUUAAUACCUUGAAAGAUCUUUGUGAUUUGAAAAACAGACAAUAAACUUGCCCUUUCUUCAGUUUUGGAUAUAACAUCUAUGACAAUCAUCUCAUCUUGAUGCAGUAUCAUCUACUAUGUAACAAAUAAUGAAGACCUGCUGAUCAUGUGGAUGGUCCCUUUGACCGUGGAUAGAUAACCUAUGAUUGAGAACUUCCUCUCCGAGUCUGUUUACCGUUGAAUUUGGUGUUGGUUAACUUUAUUAAAGUAUUUAUUUUGUUAAACCACCUAAAGACCACACGCAGGAGUUAAAAAACAGUGAACGUCAGACAGUAAUUGAAAGAUGCAACGAUGUAUUUUUAAACAUCAGGUAACAGUUACAAUUUAAACAGUUUGUCAAAUAAUUCUGUCAUUUAUUUUGUUGUAGACUUUCUUGAACUAAAGUCUGUAUACUGAACAGUAAAUUGUACAUACACGUAAACUUAUUUUCAUGCAAUACAUUGAAUGAAGUGAAUAUGACUUAAGAACUAACAGUGUUGUAUGAGAACCUCAUUUACGCCAUGUCUUAUAACUUAUUUUUAUAGCACUUAUUAAUCUUAUAUAAAUCUUGUUUAAAGCUUCAAAAUAUUGUUGAUCUUAUUCUAUUUUUUUGCAUAUCUGUUAUUUGCUGUAGCUGUGAAAAUAAAAUAUACAAAAAAGAGAUUUUACUUACAAUAUGUUGAUAGAUUACAGUUAAUCAGAUUUUGUUAUACAAUAUUUUUGGUAAAUAUUGUAA